GGCGCGCCCUGGCGAUCCAGCCCAACGGCCGGUGGGAGUGCGUGUGCUCUGAGGGGGAGGAUGAUGGUGGGGUCUGAGGAGCGGUCCUGUUGCUAAGAUUGCUCAUCCACCUACAAUGGCUUUAAGAUUGGUUAACCCUUUGAAACAAUCUCAAUCCUUCAUAAAAAGAACUUGCUAUUUGAGCUCCCCUCUUGGAUAUGUUCAGCAACCCAGGAUCAGGCACCUUGGCUACUAUCGGAGAGAUUCUACGUACAGCCCAUUGAAAAGCAGAGGCAGAAGAUCACAAGACUAUUGUUUAGCGACAUGCCACAUAAUAAGGAAAGAGACAAUCUCUACACAAAUAGUACAUCAUCAAUCCUUGCAUUAUGCACAGUUUGCAAGCAUAAAGAGACGAGUUUAUUCCACCGCAGCAAGCGAGAGUAAAGUGACUCUGAAGCAGAAAGUACUGUCAGCCAAAAGGCCACUUAAGGGGCCUCGGACCAAACAACCAUCAAGGACCAAUCAGCCAGGAAUCGCGGAUGUACAGGAUCUGAUGAAGUGUACGGCCUUCGCAACAGCGGAUGAAUAUCAUCUGGAGAAUCUUUGCAGUGAUCUGAUGUCAAGUGGUUAUCAUGAAAUAACAGACUUACCCAGAGAUGCCUCAAACGUCCUGGUAAUUGGAACUGAAAUGCUGGCCAAGCCAAAUGAUUAUGGAUUAAUUUUCUUUUUCAGGGAGGGCUCUGUUGUCUUUUGGAAUGUGGAAGAUAAAACAGUGAAACACAUCAUGCAAACCUUGGAGCCACAUGAGAUCCAGCCAUAUGAAAUUGCUUUGGUUCAUUGGGAAAAUGAGGAAGUUAACUAUCGGAUUUCAGACGGGCAUUCAAAACUGCAUCGAGGAGAGAUUUUAUUGAAUUCCAGCCUUGACUCUGAUGAAUCUAUUUUGGAAAAGUUUGCGUUUUCAAAUGCACUUUCCUUGUCGGUCAAGCUUGCCAUUUGGGAGGUGUCACUAGAUAACUUUGUUGAAUCCAUUCAGUUUAUUCCUGAGAUGCUUAAAGCUGGAAAACAAGUGAAACUUUCACGAUCUGAAGUUAUGCAGAAAAUUGGUCAACUAUUUGCCUUGAGACAUCGUAUCAACUUGAGUUCAGAUCUCCUGAUGACACCCGACUUUUACUGGGACAGAGAGCACCUAGAACAACUCUAUGACAAAACCUGCCAGUUUCUAAACAUCAACCGGCGAGUAAAGGUGAUUAAUGAAAAGCUACAGCACUGUACAGAACUAACAGACUUGAUGCGAAACCACCUAAGUGAGAAACAUGGACUGCGCCUCGAGUGGAUGAUUGUGAUCCUCAUUUCUAUUGAAGUAUUAUUUGAACUUGCACGUGUUAUUUUCUAAAACUGAUCGGCAGUAGUUUGGAAGAGAGCGGCGAGAGACCAUAACUUCAAGUGGGGCAUGAAGAACAUCCUCCAGAAGGCUUCUGUACUCAUCGCUACAUCCUGAGGAACGUCUACAUUUUGUGCAGUUCAAUCCCCAUCAAAACUAUACUGUUUAUUCUCACAACCACACAGCAUUUAUAAUUGAUUUUUAAUUUUCAGUUAGUGGUACAUUUGAUUUUGUUUCAUUGUGGAAUAUCUAUAUAUACAGGCAACCCCCUGCAUUACUUUUUUCACACACAUUCUGUAAUGGAAUAAAAUUUGCUCUGAAAUUUUUGGAUGGUGCAUUCUAGAAGAGCAAGUUUUCAUCACCUGAAAGGCCAUAGCACAGGGGUUGCCUGAAAUGGGAAAACUGGUGUAAUUAAUGUUUUUCUUUAAAAUCAUGCUGGAUCAAAGACUGAAUAAAUUUGAAUCUAUAGUAGCUUCUUACCUCAUAUGUUUGGGACUGGUAUAUUGGAAGAAAGGCAUUUUCUGGGUCUGUUACAGAUGUGAAAACAGGGUAGCUAAUAGACCACACCUUGAGGCAGAUGUCCAUGUUAUUUAAGAUUUUGGAAUGUUGCUGCACUCAAAGCUGACGUAAGUGCUGUUCACAUAAUUUAACAAGUAUUUGAAUAUUGUUCGAAUCAUCAGUAAAAUCACUUGGAAGCAAAUCCUGAAUCAACAUGAAUUAUUUAUUUUAACAGAAAAUAUAUCAGAAUUGACAUUAUUUAAAUCAAAACACUAAUUUAUUACACAUUUUUCUUCAGCCAAUCUGAAAUAUGACAAACUGUAUACAUUACAGGAUAUUUGAUGACUUUUUACUUAUUUGUUUAUAAUACUUCCUGUAAUAGAAUUGCUAUCAAACCAAGAACAUAUGUUGCAGUGCAAACAGCUUUAAGCUUGAAUUUGAACUACUGGAUAAUACUAUUUUUUCCCCAUGAAAAAUAAAUGAUUGAAUUAAGCUGGACCAUAUUCCGCGCAACUAUCCUGAAGACAAACCUGGAAAUAAACGAACACACAACAUUGCCGUGCUUGUAUCUGAAGAGUUGCUCAUCAAUCUUCGAUGAACGUGUCAUGCUUGAUAGGCGUGAUCAUGACUAUAAGACAAACUGUCAAAAGCUAUAAAGAAAGCCCACUACAACUCACAUGCAACUGAGAGGCAUCAUUGAUUUUCCUUUGGUUCAGAACUUAUUUGGAAGUAAAGUUUUUCUGCAUUGGAAUUAUUAAAAGUACUUGGCACGUUUGCUUGGGAUACAAAAAAAUUGAGAAACUUGCACUGUGUUCACCUUUUCUUCUAUAAAACUUUCUGUGCCAUCUCUCCCAAUGCUAAAUUCCAAAAAGGAGUUCACUAUUCCUGGUGAAAUUAUAAUAUCAGGGCCAGGGUUAGAGAGGGCUUCUGUAAACUUAAAUGUUGUGAAGGUAUCAGGUUGAUAAUUCACAUUUAAAGAAUCUCCAUCAUUGUUAAUCUUUCUUGUCUUAAAGGUGCGGAAAGCUGUGAUGUCAUAAAAUCAGAAAACGUUGGAGUAGCUCAGCAGAAGAGAUUGCAUCUGUGAAGAGAAACAGGUUGAUGACCUUGCAUCAGUUCUAAUGAAGUCAUCAAGCUGAGACAUUAAAUCUUGCUUCUCUUUCCACAGAUGCUGCCUGAUCUGCUGAGUAUCUCAAGAUUUUCUAUUUUUAUUUUGGAUUUCCAGCAUUUUGCAGGGUUUUCCAUUCUCUUUUUGAUUACUGUAUUCUAUUGUGAUAUUGCACAAUUAAUUCGAUGAUUUAUUUGCUUUGACUGUGGCUGUUCACAUUGCAUUCCAAAACUAUAUUUUGUACUCAAUAACUGGAAAUUUCCCUGCAUAUUAAAUCAUUACGACUCUGA